AUAUAAUAUAUAUAUAUAUAUAUAUAUAUAUAUAUCCACGAAACAGUAUCCACAAUAUGAUUGAGAACUUUUCCGACCAACCUUCAUCCAUGACAUAUUGUAUAAUUCAUAAACAAACUAAGAAAUAUAUGACUUAGAAAAUCUGUAAAUCGUAUACAAAAUCAUGUCCACAAAUAUACGAAGAAAUAUCUGAAAACGAACCUUGGACACAAAAUUGCUUCUACUAAAUUUUGUUCACAAAACUUUGUCCACGAAAUCAUGUCCACACUUUUUGAAUAUGAAAAACCAAAACAAAAUUUACCUAUCUACAAUUUUUUUGUCCACAUUUCUAAAAAAAAAAAAUAUUAUCCACACUUUUUAUGUUCAAAUAUUUUUUUGUAUAAAUGUUAAUAUAUAUAUAUAUAUAUACAAAAAUAGAUGUCUAAAUGUGGAAAAUUAAAAAUUAUAAUUUAUAGUCAUAAACUUAUUUGAUUUAAAUAUUUUGAAAAGAAAAUAAAGGCAAAACAUAUUAAAGGGUGAAAUAAGUAAGAAUCAUUUUAAAAUAUGUAAAACUAUAAAUGCACUACAUAUAUCAUCUCUCUCUAUCGUCCCUUCUGUUGUUUAGUUGUUAAAUAAUUUAGUUACUUGCAAGUAACUAGAAAGAAUCAAACCAUAUGAUGUGAGGGCAAAACAGUCAGAAAAACGUCAGCUGUCCAGAAAAUGUGUGUCACAUGCUGUAAGUGUUUCUACAUGUAAAAACAAACACAAAAGUGUCUUAUAUGGUAAACAACUCUUUUUCUUCUAUAGAAAAACUUUAAGCUAUACUAGAUUUUGAAGUAUUAUUUCUUUCCAAUGUAUUUUUCUAUUUUCUCCUUCGAACAAUUAUUUUUGAUAUCUCUAUUUUGACUUUACAGUUAUUACAUUUUAGUUAUGAAAGUUAAAAGUUAACUCAAUUUACUUAACAUCUCAUAAAAUUAUAUUAUUACUUAAAUUACAUAAAAGCUACAUUACUUUGCCCAAAAAAAGUAAACUUUGUGAUGUAAACAAAAAAUUGUAUUUCUGUUUUGGAUAAAUCAUUUGUAUUUCUCUAAAAUUAAGAUAUUUAUGAAAAUAGUUAUCAUUUAUAAGUAAAAUUAAAAAGUGGUAUCAAAUCUGUGUUAAAAUUAAAUCCCCCAUUUCUAUAUUUUUAUAUAGUGUUAGAAAAUAUUAUCAAAUUAUUAAUGAUACAUAUCUAUCCGAAAAUGAUAAAGUAUUAUGCUUUUUUGUUAUUUUGUAGCAUAAAACAAUAUAAAAAGUUUCAAUGGAUGGAGACAGGUCGGGUUCGAAGGCAAUAGCUCAGAACUUGCUCGAAUCAUCAGCACUGUGGUCUUGAAUCAUGCUCUGUUGGGUAAUAUCUUAUAUGAUAUUCGCCAUUGGAUAUCUUUGUUAGCUGGGAAAUGUCAACAGACAAAAAGUUAGUGUUUUAGUAUCAUACACCACCUAUAUGGUUGGUGGAUUAUUUGUAUUAGCCAUAUACAAUUUGAUUAUAUUAAUGAAAACAUGUUGAAUGAAAAAAAAACAAUAUAAAAAGUUUCAAUGAUAUUUUUUUUUUGAAAUAUCUGUUACAAGUAAUCAUAAUCUAUAAUCGUAGUAGUUUUUUGGUGUUGUAUUUUAAUCUCUUCGUAAACGCCUAAAUGGCACCAAUUGUUCAAUUUGAAUUUAGCGUCGUAACCGAGAUGAAAGCACAAAUUGUUGGUCAGUUAUUUGAAAACCAUUUAUUAGAAGAUUUGAGAUUGAUUACAAAAUAUAUUGAUAAUAUCGGCUAAAAACGAUUAUCUCAUAGGAACGAAGUAAACGUAUAACUCCCAGUUUUUUUAAAAUAUUUUUAUUUAUGUGACUUCCUCUCUAUUUACGGGAGAAAGUCGGUUAGGUCUUUCCUUCUUCUUUUUUGCCGAUUUGGCUUUACCCAACUGCCACAAUGAAAAAUAUCGAUAAUUUUAUCAGUUAUAUAUUUAUAUAUAGUGAAUAUCUCAAUUCACUAAUUAUUUUGAUAGAAGAUAAACUAAAGUGAUGAGACCAAACCUCAGGCCGGUGUUAUCCGGCGUAACUUCAGAAUUCUGGGUCUCUCUUUUGGCGUCGCACCUUCUUUGGUGGUCGGCCGGCUUUUGAUUCUGGCGUCAACGCUUUCUCUUCAGGUGUUUGGCGGCCAGCUUUAGUCUCUGCGUCGCACCUUAUUCUCCGGUGCUGACGGCGGCUUUAUAUCCGAAUGUUUCCGGUUUGUCUACUCUCUCUGCUUGAGCUUUUCCUGAUUCGAGAGAGCUUCGUUCUCAGAUCUGACUGUGAAUCGGAUUCUUAAUCCUCGAUCGCAUGUGGUUGAAGCGUUUUCUUUAAGCAGAGACCGUUUUGCUUAGUCUUUGGUACGACGGUGGUUCUGCUACUGAAUUACUCUCGGCGGUGUUGAUUGAGGUUUCCGGUGGUUGAAGGUCCGGUGUUGAAGAUUAAUUAAGGAGUUGUUAUCAAAGUCUUUUCACUUCCAAUCAUCGUCUUCGUUGGUUUCCAUUGAACGGGUUUCUGUUUCCGGUGUGUCCGGUGGAACGCCGAUUUGAAUUCCGACGAUGACGUGCAAGUCGGUGAAGAAGGGUGGCGCCUUCGCUUGGCAUGUGUCCCUACCGCGCAUGACCUGCGCUUCUCGUUCAACAUGAUGUCAGUCUCGUCACCUUCUUCCUUUGGACUCUUCCUGGCUGGGCCGUUGUGGGCCUUUUUGUUUUUUUUUUGUUUUAAUAUGGCUGGGCCUGGAUGGCCUCAAUCUUGUAAAAUCCUCCUUGGGCUUUUGCCGACGACAAAAAAAAAAGAUAGAAGAUAAACUUUUGAGAAAAAUAUUAUGCAAUGGAAUAUGAUCAUCAAAGACUUGGUGUAAAUCCGCGUUCUAAACAUAUUUUUUUUAAAAGAAGUGGAUUGUAAAUAAAUUAAAAAAAUGGGUCCAGCUACGUUAUGGACGUUGCAUACACUACGUGACCUCCUCUUACUACAAAACUGUUGCAUGUAUUAAUAAGCAUUGCAAAGUCUUAAUUAAUCGUUCCUCCUUAACCAAACAUGUCUACAUUUCUAAGGAAGAAGCUACACCUAUGCUUCUCCUCCUCCGGUGUUGUAUCACCGUCGAUUCCUUCUUCCCCGAUCGUCGUACCCAAUCACAACCCACCAUCUAAUCAUCAUCAUCACCACACUCCCUCAAUCUUCAUCAACAACUUCAACUCUCUCUACGAUCACCUCUCUGUUUCCUCUCCUCUCCACCGUAACGAUAAAUUCACCUCCGUCGCCGCCGCAUUGACCACUCCCAAAUCCGGCGACACUGGAUCCAGUUUGUUCACCGGUGGAUUGCAUCCUUCUCCGCGUAGAGCUGACGACGAAGACGACGAAGAAGAUGAAGAUGACGAAGAUGAAAGUUACACCGUAGUGUCAAAGCUUUUAAGCGACGGAACGGCGAUUAUGAAGCAAAUUGACUCACCGGAUCCGUGCAGAGAUUUCGGAAGGUCGAUGAGAGAGAUGGUGGAAGCUAGAGAUCCGACGAGAGACGACGUCUCCGAUAGAGAAUACUUGAACGAACUGCUCUUCUGUUACCUCUCUUUGAAUCCUAAACAUACUCACAAGUUCAUCGUCUCUGCUUUCGCAGAUACACUUCUCUGGCUACUUUCUCCGUCGUCAUCGCCGGAAUAUUAUUCUUUAUCCCAAUCGAUUUAAUUCAUUUAUUCCUCCGCACUAUUUUAAAAACUUUUUGAGAAUAAUUAAUU